AUGAUGAGCCAGAAAAGUUUUCAAGUGGUCGACACGACGAGGUUGGAACAGCUUCUUGAUGAUGAUCGGUUCAGGUUGAAUUUACAACCUGUUGAUAUAGAGAAAGAGCAUGCGCAAGAAUGCUUAGAUCUCUAUGUAAAAGGUGACCUUAAGGAAUGUCUCGAACUGAUGUAUGAAUAUGGGCUGUUGAACAGCAACAAGAUGCAAACGUCCUUAAAAUCAUGGCAAUUAAUGAUGGACUGCGUGAGUCAAAUGAAUAAUGUUGGGGUAAUCGGAACGAGUCUAGAUAAGCGAUUGAAGGAAUGGUUCACCAAUGAGGAAUUACUUCUAAGACUAAUCAAGAUGAAGCCGUUGAGUGAUCAAUUGAUUAUCACGUACCAAUUCUUCUAUUCUUCCUUGAAAUUUUGGAAGAGAAACGUUAAACAAAACUAUGAACACAUCGAUGAAUUAUCCAUUUCAUGCAAGGAACUACUCUUACAAACUUCAAGAAGAUGCCAAACAGUAACUGAGAUUCAAAACCUAAGUCAAAUACUAGAUUUCUUGAUAUUUGACGUUCAAAUAGAAACGUUACAAAAGAAGGCCAGCAUCACGAUGUACACUCGAUUUUGUCAGCUAGACGACAAAUUGCAGAGCAAGCUCAAGGCGAACAAGGUGAAGCACGCUCAAUCCGUGGAUAUAGACACCUAUUUCCGCGAAAAACUACAACCUAAACCAAAGCCGAAGCCAAAAUCAAAGAGUAGAUCGCUGAAGCCAAAAAAUCAAGUCCAGAUCGGUGCAGCAACUACAUCAACGUCGACAACAGCCGUAAUAGCACCUGCAUCUACGCAAAGGAUGAAUUUGUCCUAUAUACGACGCUUGACAACCUAUCUACCUAGAUGGUUACCUGUCUGGGCUCAAUCGGUACAAUGGUCACCGCAAUUACUGGCAUCGCUUAUUAUCUUCGCAAUAUCAAUGGUACUACCCCUUGCAAGAAGAUCAAAAACGUUCAAUAUCAUAUGGAUGCACAGCAAAGAUAAAGCAUCCACCAUAGUAAGACUUUUCAUCCAUGCAGUGAACACUUUAGCAUCGCUAUGA